AUGAUGUGUUAUUUAGGUCUUCGUUGUUACACUUGUAGUUACGAUGAAAGAGAUUCAAAAGAAAAUUCAUUGUGCGUAACAGCACCGUGGAAUUUAACCGGAAAUCCAAUAAGAUCCUGUCUUACACACGUUGAAUUUUGUAUUAUUGUAAGAAUCGAAACAAAGGAAACAGUGGCGUCAUUUUUAAGAAAAUGCGAAGAGAGUCCAAUGGAAGAUUCGGAUGUUGAUUCGAGAACGGUUGUUGCACAUUACAGAUCCUGUACAACAGAUUUAUGUAACAAAGGAGAUGGUCUUAAUUUUAUUGAUGAAAGUUACGAAGUGAGGAGAAGGGAUAUAUAA